AUGUCAUUUGCUGUCCUUUCAAUUGCUAAUUUACAAUUACAAUUAGGCUUACGUAAACUGUCUCAACUACGUUCACCAAGAAUAACAGAACAUCCAAGUGAUAUAGUCGUACCAAAAAAUGAGCCUGUCACAUUGAAUUGUAAAGCUGAAGGCAAACCGGAACCAACAAUUGAAUGGUUUAAGGAUGGCGAGCCAGUAAAGACAAGCCCCAAUGAUAAUAAAUCUCAUCGCGUUUUAUUACCAUCCGGAUCUUUAUUUUUUCUAAGAACUGUUCAUGGUAAAAAAGAACAAGAUGGUGGAGUUUAUUGGUGUGUUGCAAAAAAUAAAGCUGGUAAAGUCAACAGUCGUAAUGCUACGCUUCAAAUAGCAGUUCUACGUGAUGAUUUUCGUGUUGAGCCUAAAGACACACGUGUAGCAGCUGGUGAAACAGCAUUAUUAGAAUGUGGACCACCAAGAGGCAAUCCAGAACCAUCACUUAUUUGGGAAAAGGAUGGAGUACCAAUUGAUCUAGAUGACUUUAGAAGCCAAUCACAUGGAACUCUGUCACGUAUUCGUGUUGUAGAUGGCGGUAAUUUAUUAAUAAGUGAUGUCCGACGUAUUGAUGAAGGAAAAUAUAAAUGUAUAGCACAAAAUAUUGUUGGUACACGUGAGAGCUCAUAUGCCAAAUUAACUGUUCAAGUAAAACCAUUCUUUACAAAAGAACCACCUGAUAGUCAAAUUUUAGCUGGUCAAACAGUAACAUUUCAAUGUUUAGUUGGUGGAGAUCCGCAACCACAAAUAUUAUGGCGAAAAAAUGAUGGAAAUAUGCCAGUUGGAAGGGCGAGUAUAACAGAAGAGGACAAAAGUCUUGUAAUAAAAAAUGUUCAAUCAGAAGAUGAAGGUGUUUAUAUUUGUGAAGCACAGAAUAGUGUUGGAGAGAUUAGUGCCCAAGCUCAUCUAACUGUACAUUCACCACCAAUAUUCACAACAAAACCGCAAGAUAAAAAAAUUGGUUUAAAUGGUAUUGCAACAUUUGAUUGUGUUGCAAAUGGUAAUCCACCGCCAUCAGUUUUUUGGACAAAAGAAGGAUCACAAGUUUUAAUGUUUCCUGAUAAUUCAUAUGGUCAUAUGCAUGUUACAAAUAAGGGUACUUUACAAAUACGUGGUGCACAAAAAGAAGAUGCUGGUUAUUUUGUUUGUUCAGCCUUAAGUGUUGCUGGUUCAUCAACUAUUCGAGCAUUUUUACAGGUAACAUCAGUUGAUGAUACACCACCACCAAUUAUACAAAUUGGUCCAACAAAUCAAACAUUACCAAAAGGUAGUUAUGCUAUGUUACCAUGUCGUGCUACUGGUAAUCCAAUACCAAAAAUUAAAUGGUAUAAAGAUGGUAUAUCAUUACAAAAUACUCAUCGUUUUAUGAUUGUUCAAAGUGGUUCACUUAAAAUUGAUGAUUUACAAUUGGCUGAUACUGGACUUUAUACAUGCACAGCAUCAUCUGAAAGUGGUGAAACAUCAUGGUCAGCCACAUUAAUGGUUGAAAAAGGUGGUAGCACUAUACAGCAUAGAUCACCAGAUCCAAAUACAUUUCCAUCAACACCUGGAACACCAAAAGUUGUUAAUGUUACCCAAAGUAGUAUAACAUUAAGAUGGAAAGGACCUGAUCGACCUGGAGCAAGCGCUAUAAUUGGGUAUACCGUUGAAUAUUUUAGUUCAGAUUUACAAACUGGUUGGGUUGUUGCCCGUCAUCGUUAUCCAGAUCAAACCAUAACGAUAUCGGAUUUAAAGCCGGGAACAUCUUAUGUAUUUUUGGUUCGUGCUGAAAAUUCGCACGGUUUAUCAGUACCAUCUAGUAUGUCGAAUGUUGCAAAAACUUUAGGUACCGAUAUGAGUUUAGUUCCGCAAACAGAAUUAUCAGCUGCUCGUAUUGUACUAAGUGGAAAGGUGGUCGAACUUAUCGAUGCCGUUGCUAUUAAUUCAACAGCAGUACGUUUAGAUUGGCAAUUGCAUGUUAGCAUGACAGAAGAAUAUGUUGAGGGUCUUUAUAUCAGAUUUCGUGAUAUGAGUGAUAGUGCUCAAAAAUAUAAUAUUAUGACAGUUUUAACACCAUCAUUAGAAACACAUAUUGUAUCGAAUUUGAAAAAAUUUACAAAAUAUGAAUUCUUUUUAGCACCAUUCUAUCGUACAUUAGAAGGGCAACCGAGUAAUUCAAAAAUUAUUCAAACAAUGGAAGAUAUUCCUUCAUUACCACCAGAUAAUAUUCAAACUGGUAUGCUAAAUUUAACAGCCGGUUGGGUACGUUGGUCACCACCACCACCACAACAUCAUAAUGGUAUAUUAUUAGGAUAUAAAAUACAGGUAAAAGCUGGUAAUUCAACAAAAGUCUUAGCACAAAUGACAUUAAAUGCCACAACCAUGUCAGUUAUGUUAAAUAAUUUAACAACUGGAGCAACAUAUAAUAUUAGAGUGGUAGCAUUUACAAGAGUUGGUGCUGGACCAUUUUCACAGCCCAAAGCAUUAGUUAUGGAUCCAGCUCAUUUAAUAUCACCACCAAGAGCUCAUCCAAGCGGUUCAUUAAAUGGUGCCGGUCCAAAUGGUAUUACCGGUUCAAAUAGUAAUAGUAAUGGUAUAAAUAAUAUUAAUGGUAUAAAUGAUGAUACAACAGCAACACAUCGAAAAUCAUCAAAUGUUGUACAUGAAACAUGGUUUAUGGUUUUAGUAAUAACAAUGCUUUUAGCAAUAUUAAUAUCAGCUGCUGCAGCAAUGAUGUUUUUUAAGAGACGUCAUCAAUUAACAAAAGAAUUGGGACAUUUAAGUGUUGUUAGUGCCAAUGAAAUAACAGCCUUAAAUGUUAAUGGUAAAGAAAGUUUAUGGAUUGAUAGGGGUUGGCGUACAACUGAUACUGAUAAAGAUUCUGGAUUAAGUGAAACAAAAUUAUUAUCGAAUCCAAACAGUCAAUCAAAUUAUGCAUCAGAUGGGGGAACUGAUUACGCUGAAGUGGAUACAAGAAAUUUAAGUACAUUUUAUAAUUGCCGAAAAUCACCAGAUAAUCCUACACCAUAUGCAACAACAAUGAUUAUUGGUGCUACAUCAACUGAUAAUUGUAUUAAAAAUACAUCAAAUAAUAGUACUGAUCAUGAUUCUGGAACACAUAGUCCACAUUCAGAUCAACCACCACAGGGUUAUAUUGUUGCUGGUCCAAAUAAACAUAAUUAUCAUCAAUAUCCACCAGAUCCAAUCAAUUGGUCAGAAUUCUUACCACCACCGCCAGAACAUCCACCACCAGUGCCACAAAAUACUUGUUAUCCACCAGGUAGUCCACAAUCAAGCCGUAAAAGUUCAAAAUCUGGUGGAUCUGGAAUGUCUGUUCACCAGAGUACUAUGAAUACAUCACAACAUAGCAGUUCUUCUGGUGGUUUUUCAAAUUGGAAUGUAAUAGGACAGAAUCCAUUCGCUGGGCAACGUAAUUGUGAUAGCCGACAAGAAAAUUAUUAUAAUAAUCCGAUUCAAUAUGUUCCACCGGUACAAGGAAGAUAUCAGAUAACACCAACUGGUUCACAUCCACCACCAUUACCAUAUUAUCAUCCGAUUAAUGGUCAACAAAUAAUACAACAACGUCAAAUGCAUAUUCAUUAUCCAUCGGCUAGACAUGGUAUAUCUGAAUAUCAACCAACUAAUGGUCAUAAUUCUAGAUGUUCGAAUGGAAGAAGUUGUAAUAGUUGUGAUGCUCUUUCAUCACCACAACAACCUUUACCACCACCUAGUUCAACAGAAUGGUAUCAACCAUUACAUCAAAGUGCUAGCCAUCAAAAUCAAAUUUAUGCAUGUUCCUCUGAAUGUUCAGAUCAUUCAUCAAUUAGAAAUGGUCAUCAUCAACAUCAUCAUAAUAGUACUGGUGGUAUUAAUGGGCAUUCACAUAUUCAUGGUAAUAAUAGUAUUAAUAAUAGUCAUAUCCAACAAUCACAUAAUAAUAGUAAUACUGGACAUGGACAUCAACAUCCAGGAAUAUUACGGCAAAAUAGUAAUUCACAUUCAACAGCUAUUGACAAUAAUGGUCAACCACCUUCAUCACAUCAUCAUCAACAACAACAACAACAGCAUCAACAACAGCAACAACAACAACAAUCACAAGAUAAUAAUAUUAAUAAAACAGGUAAUCCUAGUUAUAAUAUUAAUAAUCGUUUAAUAAAUGGUAAUAGCGGUAGCUUAAAUGGUUAUCAAGAAAUUGAUGAACAUGAACAUAUGUUAAAAUCUUGUGGCUGUGAAAUUAAUACUAAUGGAGUUGUAGUUGGUGGUAAAGGUAGUAGUGCCAAUAUAACAGAUGAUGUUAAUGAAUCAACAAAUAAUCGUAAUGAUCAACAUAGAAUUAAUAAUUGUAGUGAUUGUUAUAAUAGUUCCAGAGAUGGUGAUGGCGAUACAUGCUCAUGUAGUGAAAGUUCAUGUUUAUAUGCUGAAGCUAUUGAUCCAAUGCCAACAGCAUUGGCUGCAAAAGCAAUGCAAAAUAAUAUUCCAUUACAAGUUGUUGGAAAAACUACGUCAAAUAAUUAAUUAGAAACUUAAAAAUUUUAAAUUAAGAAAAUAAUUGAAAAAUUUAAAUUAAGAAAAAGAAAAUGUUUUAUGUUUGUUUUUUACUUUUAAAAGUUUGAUUUCUUUUUCAAAAUUUAUUCUUGUAAAUAAUUUUCUAACAAAUUUUU